ACAGCUGGCAGCGUGGAUGUCCUGGUUCUGCUGGUGUCAGGGCUGCGGGAUGCUCCUGCUCCCCGAUCCUUCUCCCUGCCGUGGGGACAGGAGCUGCCACACCGCAUCAGCAGCCGAUCCCUCGAGCCUCAGAGCAACCGGUGCCCCUUCGGUUCAGCCCAGCUGAUCCAGCGAGGACUUGCCAGCUCGGACUCCGAAGGUAAUUUUGAGCCCCCCGAAGCAGAAACGCCGACCCGCUCGCCGCUCAAGGAGUUCUGCGAGCCGCCGCCGGGAUCGCCGGAGCCCGAGGCCAGGACCCGAGCCCGGGGCUCCCCCCGGCUGGGUGCCCCGGUCUGGGACAGCCCGGGUCUCAACCCCUUCAGUGGCAGCUCGGCGCUGCAGAACUCGCCAGCUCUCCCCAAGGGCUCUUACCAGUUUGACCCCAAUAACUUUGAGUCCGUGGAUCCGUUUAAGCCCACCAAGACCCUCACCAGCUCUGCCACCGACUCCUGCCCCACUGCCGAUAACAGCCUCAACGAAAUCCUGGAGUCUCAGACGCUGGAGGUGCAGGAUGGUCUCCUCGAAGGCAGAGACUCCCCGAAGAAGCUCAAGUCGCGCCUGAUAACGAGCGGCUGCAAGGUGAAGCAGUACGAGACGCAGUCCCUGGUCCUGGACGCUUGCGCUCAGGAUGAAGGAGUGUUGAUCUCAGAAAUCCCAGAUAUUGCAAAUCGGGAUGGACAUGCCACUGAUGAGGAGAAGCUGGCCUCCACCACCUCUGUGCAGAAACCGGCUGGGCUGGAGAAGAAGGGCGAGCCAGAAGAUGACCUGGAGUACUUCGAGUGCUCGAACGUUCCCGUGCCGGCGGCGAAGCACGGCACGGAGGCAGGUAAGGAGCGUCCCCGCUCAUCCCACCUGGGUCGUUCCCCCCAGGGCAAUCCCGGGCUGUGCUCCGUGGACAAGGCCCCCGCCGCUGUCAGCAGCGUGGGCAGGAGCGAGAGUCCCCUGGACAGCAUCUGCCUCAGUGAGUCCGAGAAGACGGCCGUGCUCACGCUCAUCAGAGAGGAGAUCAUCACAAAGGAGAUUGAAGCAAACGAGUGGAAGAAGAAAUAUGAAGAGAGCCGCCAGGAAGUCUUAGAGAUGAGGAAAAUCGUGGCUGAGUAUGAGAAGACCAUUGCCCAGAUGAUAGAGGACGAGCAGAGGACAAACAUGACAUCUCAGAAGAACCUGCAGCAGCUCACAAUGGAAAAGGACCAGGCUCUGGCAGACCUAAACUCAGUGGAGAGGUCCCUGUCGGAUCUCUUCAGGAGAUACGAAAACCUGAAGGGCGUCCUGGAAGGCUUUAAGAAGAAUGAAGAAGCUCUGAAGAAGUGUGCUCAGGAUUAUUUAACCCGGGUCAAGCAAGAGGAGCAGCGGUAUCAGGCCCUGAAAGUCCAUGCAGAAGAAAAAUUAGACAACGAGGUGGGUGAGGAGCUGGCUGAGCUUCUCUCUGAGAAAGCAGAGUUUCCAUACAGGAGUUUGGAGGAGCUGGGUGAAUCCAGUUUCAUGCAGGUUUUCCAUAUGGGAAACCAGCUCUGGCGCAUGCAGAAGCCCAGCGUGCGCUCGCCGCAGUCGGUGCUGCAGCCUUCGCUCGGCGAAGAGGAGCUGCCUGAAGGCCAGGCCGCCUGCGCAGAGCGGCUCCCAGGCAAUAAUCCGCCCGGGCCCCUCACCCCAGCGCUGCCGCGUUCCGGCGCUGUCAGCGUGCGCUUCCAGCUGGGCAAAGAAGAUUCCUAA